GAUUGAGACAACCUGCAGCAAGAUCCUGCAUGUCAUUACAUUUUUAAGGACUGUUAGGAGUGGAGGAUAUGCUGCGACUGGUGGACAUUCUAUGCAUGAAGUACCACAGCAACAGUAUUGUUUACCCUAGAAACAGGCCGCUGGUAACGUGGACUUUCUGGUAAGGAACUUGGAUAGCAACUUUCAAAAGCUAUCUGUUAUUGACCUUUUUAAUGUCUUGGAAAAGUUUUGAUUUUGACGCAUGAUAUAAACAACCUAAACUUAACCGCGACACUGGCGUACUGGGUGUUGGCGAGUUUUCACAACAGGACCGUUUUCUGUUGUGUUGUUGGGAACGAAAGAAAUAUGGAGUCAGCGGGAGCACCACUGAACAAUCAAAGGGAGCAGACAUCAAUCUGCUUCAAGGCCUUUAUGCUAAAAAAUAGUACAAAAAGUAACCUCAACCUUAUGACACUCUUCCCCAACCUUUCCAGCUAUGACCAUUUUGCACGGGUUCUGACCAAGGUGAUGGAUGAGCGCCCAGAAAAUGUGGUUGACGUAAUUGAAGACAUGAGCCAUGAGGUGAAGCGGGGAUUGCUGCUGGACAAGCAGAGCACAUUGAGAGACAUACCUCCGUCGCCUGCUGCACAGCUCCUGGCUGAGCAGCAGAUGUUGCUGUUUUCACGGGGAGGGGGUGAUGAUGGUGACCAAGAGGUAGAAACACCGCUCCCCAAUGUGAGUGAAGUUGGCUUCUUACUGGAGCAGGCUGGAGUGGGACUCGGCAGAGAGGAGACGCUGAGGGUUUUCCUGGCACUCAAGCAGUUGGUAAAUUCCCAACCACUAGCACGCUGCCGACUCUGGGGUAAAAUCCUGGGCACUGAGGGCAACUAUCUUGUUGCUGAGGGUGAGUACAGAGAUGAGGAGGAAGGGAUUAAUGAGGAAACAGCAGAAGACGCAGAAGGAGAACCUCGGGAUGAUGAUGAGGAAACUGAGGUGGUGGAAGAAUUUGAUACACUCCCAAGAUCCACUUUCAAGCCGCCACCUGUGGUGCCAAAGGAGGACAACCGCACAGGUGUGAACAAAUUCACUUACUUUGUGUGCAGAGAGUCUGGCCUUCGCUGGAUGAGGCUGCCCACUGUCACUCCUACCCAGAUUACAGCUGCGCGCCACAUCCGCAAAUUCUUCACAGGGAGACUGGAUGCCCCCAUUGUCAGCUAUCCCCCUUUCCCUGGCAAUGAGGCUAACUAUUUGCGAGCCCAAAUUGCUCGCAUCUCUGCCGGCACACAGGUCAGUCCCCUCGGGUUCUACCAAUUUGGAGAGGAGGAAGGUGAGGAGGAAGAGGAGGGAGCCCGGGACAGCUUUGAAGAGAAUCCUGACUUUGAGGGUAUUCCUGUUCCUGAAAUGGCAGAAUCUCUAUCCACCUGGGUGCAUCAUGUCCAGCACAUUCUCCAACAGGGUCGCUGUGUGUGGGUGAACCUGGCUGAGAAGCCUGAGGAUGACUUUGAGGAGGAAGCAGAUGAAGAGGUGAAGGAGGAGGCUGAUGAGCCUGAGCCAGAGGUGGGCCCACCCCUCCUCACACCACUCUCUGAGGAUGCAGAGAUUACCACAACCCCUCCCUGGAGCUCCAAGAUGUCCUCCACCCUCAUCUCUCAGUUUGCUAUUGCAGUGCUACGCUCCAACCUCUGGCCAGGGGCUUAUGCUUAUGCCAGUGGGAAGAACUUUGAGAACAUAUACUUUGGCUGGGGCCUGAAAUUUGCAGGGGAAGCCUACACCCCAACUUUUCCAACUAUGCCCCAGCGAGAAUACACCAGUGGGCCAGAGAUUACAGAGGCCCUGGACCCCAGUCUGGAGGAAGAGCAGGCCCUGAAAGCAGCCAUGGAGGAGCAGAAGGCUGCCCAAGAUGAGACAGAGGGCCUGGGUGGAGAUGAAGAGGAGGAUGAUGAUUGAGGAGGACUUUGUAGGAAACAGACACUACAUUACAAAAUUGAAUGUUGACUAAAGCCAUAAUUUGUCAAGAAAGCACAAAUUAAACAAUUCACAGAGCAAU